AUCGCACUCUCACCUGAUAAAAUCACAGCUGGAUGAAGUGACCCGUGUAACAAAUAUUGGCAAAAAGGAAUGAAAGUUUGUAAAAUGGGAAAAUUAACUGGAAAAGUUGCCAUUUUAACGGCUUCAUCUUAUGGAAUCGGGCUAUCAACAGCGGAACGACUUCUUGAAGAUGGCGCUAAAGUCAUGAUAAGCAGCCGAAAGAAAGAGAAUGUUGACAAAGCCUUACAAACAUUGAAAAACAAAGGCCUAACUGUGUCAGGGGUAGUAUGUCAUGUGGCGAAAAAGGAACACAGGCAGAAAUUGAUUGAACAGACGUUGAAGGAAUAUGGAGGGAUCGAUCUCCUUGUAUCGAAUGCAGCUGUCAAUCCCAUAUUUGGUCCUAUAUUGGAUUCAACUGAAGACGGCUGGGAAAAAGUAUUUGAAGUUAAUGUCAAAUCAACCUUUUUCCUCAUCAAAGAAGUUGUGCCAUACAUGGAAAAAAGAGGGGGCGGAUCAAUAGUCAUUGUCUCGUCGGUAUCAGGCUACAUACCGGCAAUAGGAUCUGAGUUUACGGGCGCAUACUCAACCAGUAAAACUGCAUUGUUGGGAAUGACGAAGGCCCUAGCCCGUCAACUCGCCCGGAUGAACGUACGUGUAAACUGCGUAGCUCCAGGGCUUAUCAAAACCAAGUUCAGCGAAGCUCUGGUGAGCCAGGAAGGCGAAGAGAUUAGGAAACUGAUCCCUCUACAGAGGCUUAGCAAUUUCCAACAUUUAAGUUUUAGUGUGUUAGCUGGUAUCUCAGUUCCCACUAAUGGGAGUGGAUUUAAACUUUACACACCAGUCCACUUUCAUGGCUGA